CAUAGCAGAGAGCUGGAUCAGAAGAGCAGCCCGGACUUGAACCAGCGCCCAUAUGGGAUGCCGGCUCUGCAGCUGAAGGCUUUACCCACUGUGCCACAGCAACAGCCCCAGGGAUCAUCUUCUCAGAUAUUCUUCUGUAUUGACAGCUUUGGGGCCCAAGAUUUUCUGAUGAUUCUUGUUAUAUAUCUCAGGCAGGAGUUGUGAGCAGAAAUUAAGGGGGAGCGUGUCAUUCUAGUGAUGGCCUUCUUUCGUAAUUCAGAUGAUCCUCUGUAAGGAUUAGGGAGAUUUUAUUUUUCCCUUUGAUUUAUAAUGCAGGAUUGGGUAUUUGUAAAAUGUUUUCUAUAUCCCUGUAAGAGCUACAAUAAAUGGUGAAAAUGGGUACAUUUAAAAAUAGCGAAACAUUAAAAACAGAGGAAGUGUCCAAGUCAGAUGAAAUAAAUAUAGACUGCACAUAUUAACAUAGACUGUUUCCCUACCUUUGUUACUUAAAAACAGAAGUGCAGUGGUUUAUUUUGGAUUCUACAGUUGGGAGCAAUAGUGACUUUUCCAUUGCAGAGUAAAGCCUGUUAGUGAUCUUGUCAUCUCAGUAGAUGGUGAUUUUUAGAUGUGGCUGGGAAUUUAGAAGAAAAAUCUAUCGUUCAUAUACUUGAAAAUAAAUUCUCAAAAGAGCAUUGAGUUAUCCAUUUGACCACGAGACUAAGUAGUUAUUUCCUGUAUAUUUCCUGAAAUCAUCUAGAUGUCUUAGGUGUAUUAUACUUUUUACCAGCAUGAUAAACUAAUGCACAAAUAUUCUAGAAAACUUGGCAAACAGAAAAAGAAGACUGUUGAAAGGAUGUUGCUGUGACUUUUGCAGUGUAUUUCUUCUCAGUAUAAUUGUUUAUUUUUUUCUUUUAAAUAUUGACAUCUCAGUGUCCUCGGGGAAUUGAUUCAAAGAUACACCCCCAGCACCAGCACAUGAAUACCGAACUCUGCGUUGGCUCAAGUAUCUUAUAAAAAAAGGUCUGCUCCAAGAGGGAAAUAACAAAAACAAAAAACAAUGGCUGCAAAAGAGAAACUGGAGGCAGUGCUGAAUGUGGCCCUAAGGGUGCCGAGCAUCAUGCUGUUGGAUGUCCUAUACCGAUGGGAUGUCAGCUCCUUUUUCCAGCAGAUCCAAAGAAGUAGCCUCAGCAACAACCCCCUUUUCCAAUAUAAGUAUUUGGCUCUUAAUAUGCAUUAUGUAGGUUAUAUCUUAAGUGUUGUGCUGCUCACCUUGCCCAGGCAGCACCUGGUUCAGCUUUAUCUCUAUUUUUUGACUGCCCUGCUCCUCUAUGCUGGUCAUCAAAUCUCCAGGGACUAUGUUAGGAGUGAACUGGAAUCUGCUUAUGAAGGACCAAUGUACUUAGAACCUCUUUCCAUGAAUCGGUUUACCACAGCCUUGAUAGGUCAGUUGGUGGUAUGUACUUUAUGCUCCUGUGUCAUGAAAACGAAGCAGAUUUGGCUCUUUUCAGCUCACAUGCUUCCUCUGCUAGCACGACUCUGCCUUGUUCCUCUGGAAACAAUUGUUAUCAUCAACAAAUUUGCUAUGAUUUUUACUGGAUUGGAAGUUCUCUAUUUUCUUGGGUCUAAUCUUUUAGUACCUUAUAACCUUGCUAAAUCUGCAUACAGAGAAUUGGUUCAGGUAGUGGAGGUCUAUGGCCUUCUUGCAUUGGGAAUGUCCCUGUGGAAUCAACUGGUCGUCCCAGUUCUUUUUAUGGUUUUUUGGCUCGUCUUAUUUGCUCUUCAGAUUUACUCCUAUUUCAGUACUCGGGAUCAGCCUGCCUCACGGGAGCGGCUUCUCUUCCUUUUUCUGACAAGUAUUGCUGAAUGCUGCAGCACUCCUUACUCUCUUUUGGGUUUGGUCUUCACCGUUUCUUUUGUUGCCUUGGGGGUUCUGACACUCUGCAAGUUUUACUUGCAAGGUUAUCGUGCUUUCAUGAAUGACCCUGCCAUGAAUCGGGGCAUGACAGAAGGAGUGACACUGUUGAUCCUGGCAGUACAGACCGGGCUGAUAGAACUGCAGGUUGUCCACCGGGCAUUCCUGCUCAGUAUUAUCCUUUUCAUUGUCGUCGCUUCCAUCCUGCAGUCUAUGUUAGAGAUUGCAGAUCCUAUUGUUUUGGCACUGGGAGCAUCUAGAGAUAAGAGUUUAUGGAAACACUUCCGUGCCGUAAGCCUCUGUUUAUUUUUACUGGUAUUUCCUGCUUACAUGGCAUAUAUGAUUUGCCAGUUUUUCCACAUGGAUUUUUGGCUUCUUAUCAUUAUUUCCAGCAGCAUUCUCACCUCUCUUCAGGUUCUAGGAACACUUUUCAUUUAUGUCUUAUUUAUGGUUGAGGAGUUCAGAAAAGAGCCUGUGGAAAACAUGGAUGAUGUCAUCUACUAUGUGAAUGGCACUUACCGCCUGCUGGAGUUCCUGGUGGCCCUGUGUGUGGUGGCCUAUGGAGUCUCAGAGACUGUCUUUGGAGAGUGGACUGUGAUGGGCUCAAUGAUCAUCUUCAUCCAUUCCUACUACAACGUGUGGCUUCGGGCCCAGCUGGGGUGGAAGAGCUUUCUUCUUCGCAGAGAUGCUGUGAAUAAGAUUAAGUCAUUGCCCAUUGCUACAAAAGAGCAGCUUGAGAAGCACAACGAUAUCUGUGCCAUCUGCUAUCAGGACAUGAAGUCUGCUGUAAUCACACCUUGCAGUCAUUUCUUCCAUGCAGGCUGUCUAAAGAAAUGGCUCUAUGUCCAGGAGACCUGCCCCCUGUGCCACUGCCACCUCAAAAACUCUACCCAGCUUCCAGGAUUAGGAACUGAGCCGGUUCCACAGCCUCACACUGGAGCUGAGCAGAACGCUGUGCUUCAUGGAGGCGCUGCACCCCCAGACCAAGAGCAUCCUGCAGGGACCACAGCACAGGAAGGCUCUAGGGGCACUAAUGAAUGUGUUGCCGAAAAAUCAUGUAGCCACGAAGGGGCCGUCAACCCCAAAGAAUCUCCUGGGAGUGCAAAAGAUGAAGCACAUCCCACGGAGUCCACCUAGAGGUGGAAGCAGGAAUGGCACUUUGCUGCUGUGGAGUAGGAGUGAAUUUAAGGUGGAGUUCAUGCUUGGUGUUGGAAUGAAUGUAUAAGAUGAUUGGGCAGGAAACUGCCAUUCCAAGCAUCUAAUCCAGGAAAUACUCUCAGCGGAAACCACCUGCUUUCAUCCCCUUGACAAUUGGAGGAAUUUUGCAAUGUAUGCUAAUCAAAAUGUAUUUAUAUAUUCUAUGCUGAUGUUUUGUAGAGGUUUGCCAAGAAAAUCCAACCUCAACUCCAGAACUGCCCCUGAUCUGUGAGGGGUAAAUAAAACCAAAUGUGUGUGUUUGAAGGGGGCAAAGGAAGAAGAUAACAAGCUUAAGGACAGCAUGGAAAGAAGCAGGUGGAAGUGGAGCUUUCACUUUGUGUGGGACAGGAUCAUUCUUGUUACAGAGUAUGAGUUGUAACCUCCCCAUCCCCUCUCCCUUCUGUUCGUUGGAACUCAGUCAGGUGAUGAUUGAGUUUUGUACAGCACUGAAAUGAAAUCAAAGAUGUAGAAGCAUUGAUUGUACUCAAAGAUGGAAGCACACUCAUCCUUGGCAUGUGCUUCAGGGGAGGGGCGGGUGGGCACUGGGGCCCUGCGGGUGCAUUCUUGUCAUCUGAGACUCUGGAACUUUAUGAUAGAGUUUCCAAUAUUGUGAUGUAUAUGAAACUUUUGUUAAUAUGUUGUAUACUUUGUUGGCUGCGUGACGUAAACUAAAACUCUAAUGAACACUUUGGAGUCCGCUUUAGUAAAGGAGACCAAAGUGGGAAGGGCUUUAGGGCACUGAUAAAGGCCCUGGGUGUACUUUUCAAUUCUGUGUAAUGUUUAAUUCUUGCAACUGAAUCAAAACAGUGUUAAAUUAUGGCAACAUUUGCACUUUGGGAAUGAGUACUUAACUGUAUGAUCACACUUUGCAAAUGCCACUUUUAAAGCUGUUAAUAGACUUUGCACCUUUUCUUUGACAAGGAAAUGUCAUAUUUAAAUUUUUACAUUCAUCAUGGCUACAGUAGAACUGGGGAGGGGGGAAUGUAAUUUUUUAUGGGAAUUUUGAUAUGAAAAGAAACUAGUCAUUUAUUUAUACAAUAGGCUUGGCUCAUAAAGUGUUUUUCAGAUUUGGUAUUCCUAAUGUGGAAUGUGACUGUAUUUUAUUUUUAGUAGCAAAUAUGGAUGUAGACUGACAGACAUAGCUGAAUGUCUUAAUAAAUUUACAUUUGGAGAUAACUGCA